GCAGGCUGAGCCCCGUGCCCGCUGGGGACACCUUCGAGUCACCCUGGAGUCAGCCGGAGAGGGGCAGCUUUGGAGCCCGGAGCGGAGCUGCCUCCAGCUUGCUCCACCGGAGACAGCCCCGGGGGGCUGCGGAGAUGAUGGGCUGAGCGCCCACCCCGCGGGCACUGCAGGGCCAUGAGCUCCCCGUGUGGCCCUGACUCGGACAUCUCAGCCUGGUUGGCCACCAUCCACUUGGAGAAGUACCAGGAUGUCUUCAAGCAGCAUGGCUACCACCUGGUCAGAGAUGCCACCCUUCUGGACGCUGAGCACCUGCAGCAGAUUGGCAUCACUGCCACCGGGCACCGCAAGCGCAUCCUGAACCUGCUGCAGCAGACUCGGAUGCUUGCCCAGCCCCGGGCAGGACCCACGGCAGCAGACACCUCUUGGCAAGCCAGCCAGACCCUGCAUGCCCCCAGGGUGGGCAAGGAUGCCAUGCAAGCAGUGCCAGCAGGAGCCACAGACACCUUUGGGACCCAGCAGUGCGCUGCUGUGCCCAGCCUGGCAUCGCCUUUGGAGCAAGUCCCUGCUGCUGCUGCCCUCACAAAGUGUGUAGCUGUGCCCAGCCUGGCAUCACCUUUAGAGCAGGUCCCUCCUGCUGCUGCCCUCCCAAAGUGUGCAGCUGUGCCCAGCCUGGCAUCACCUGUGGUGGCAUCACCUUUAGAGCAGGUCCCUCCUGCUGCUGCCCUCCCAAAGUGUGCAGCUGUGCCCAGCCUGGCAUCACCUUUAGAGCAGGUCCCUCCUGCUGCUGCCCUCCCGAAGUGUGCAGCUGUGCCCAGCCUGGCAUCACCUGUGGUGGCAUCACCUUUAGAGCAGGUCCCUCCUGCUGCUGCCCUCUCGAAGAGUGUAGCUGUGCCCAGCCUGGCAUCACCUGUGGAGCAGGUCCCUGCAGCUGCUGCCCCCCCGAAGUGUGUUGCUGUGCCCAGCCUGGCACCACCUGUGGAGCAGGUCCCUGCUGCUGCCCUCCCAAAGUGUGUCGCUGUGCCCAGCCUGGCACCACCUGUGGAGCAGGUCCCUGCUGCUGCUGCCCCCCCGAAGCCUGUUCCCAAGCCCAGGACAGUUUUCCUUCGCUGCAAACCCGAGCAGGGCUCCGUGCCCAGGCCCCCUGCUCGCACCACGGUGCCACCACAGAGCCCAGAAGGGGCACCCGCGGCUUUUGUGGUGCUGGAGGGCUUCGUGCCAGGGGAGAGCUCCACAGACUUGGACAGCCCAGAGCCCAGCUGGGCCCCCGCGGGUGGCCCGGGGGCAUCUGUGACCAUGGGCAUGGCAAUCUCCCGGCUGCGGGGGAGGGAGAGCAGCAGGGCAGACAAACGACCCCCCCCAGCUCAGGGGCACAGCCUGGAGGCACUGGAGAAAGCCACCCCCGCUGUGCCAUCUGUGCCACCGCGGCACAAGCUGCCGGUGCCCGAGCCCUGCUCGGAGCCUCGCCCAGCUCUGCCCAACCUUCCCCUGCCCACCCCUGCCAGGAGAGAUGCUGGAGCAGCCUCGCAGCCCGGCUCGGGGCAGGGCAGGCUGCAGAUGGUGCCCAAUGUCCUCUACGAAGGGUUCAGGCCCCCAGCGGUGCCCGCUGAGGACUCGGGAGGGGAGGAGGAUGCCCAAGGGCAGUGCCCAGCGAGGUCCUCGCCGGAGGUGACCCAAGCAGAGGACAAGCCUGGGGGUGCCAACAGGCCUGGGGGGAAGGUGCCCCCCAUCCCCCAGAGACCCACCGGCAAGCCAGAGGCUGGGGAGCAGCCUGCCAGCCCCUGCUGUCAGCCCAGCUUUGGCCACCCGGCCCCGGAGCAGCAGGGUGGUGCCAUCUGCUCUGACCAGGGCUACGAGGCAGUGCCUGAGCUGGACCUGCAGAGGGAAGGAUGCAGGACGAGCAGCGAGGGCAGCAGCGAGGGGAGGAGCGAGGAGGAGGAGGAGGAGGAGGAGGAGGAGGAGGAGGAGAGCAGGUCCCGGCUCAUCGACCGCAUCUCUCUCGACGACACCGAAGGCUACUCCACGGUGGAGGCUCCGCGGGCUGAGGGCAGCCCCUUCAGCCUGCCAGCCCACCUGUACCCGGACGAGGUCCAGGAUGACCUCACCAUCUCCCCCUAUGCCAGCUUCACCUCGCUGGCAGAGCCCAGACCCACCAUGCUCAGCGGCUGGCUGGACAAGCUCUCCCCACAGGGGAACUACGUCUUCCAGAGGCGCUACGUCCGCUUCGACGGCAAGAACCUGAUGUACUUCAGCAGUGAGAAGGAGCCCUACCCCAAGGGGGUGAUCCCUCUGGCAGCAGUGCAGAUGGUUCGUGCCAACAAGGACAACAAGUUCCAGGUCUUCACCAGCCACCGCAUCUUCGUCUUCCGCGCCGAGAACGAGGCCCAGAGGAACGAGUGGUGCUCCACGCUGCAGAAGAAGAUGAUGGACCAGCGGCUGCUGGGCUCCCGGCCCCGGCCUGCCAACACUGCUCACUGCCAGAAGGCAGGAACCCUGGAGCUGAAGGGGCAGAAGUCCAAAGUGUUUGCAGCCCUGAGCCUGCCCGAGAUGUGGCUCUAUAAGAGCGAGCAGUUCUUCAGGACGGGCAUCGGCAUCUGCUUCAUCGAGAUGCGAGGCUCCACCAUCCGCGAGGCCAAGGGCCGCAGCUUCGAGCUCAUCACCCCCUCCAAAACCUUCAGCUUCGCGGCGGAGUCUGAGCGGGAGAAGAGGGAGUGGAUGGAGGCUCUGCAGGAGGCCAUAGCUGAGAUGCUCUACGACUACGAGGUGGCAGAGAAGAUCUGGUCCAACAAAGCCAACAGGCUCUGUGCUGACUGCCAGGCUCAGAAUCCUGACUGGGCAUCCAUCAACCUGUGCGUGGUCAUCUGCAAGCAGUGUGCAGGGCAGCACCGCAGCCUGGGCUCCAACAUCUCCAAGGUGCAAAGCCUGAAGCUCGACACCAGCGUCUGGUCCAACGAGAUCGUCCAGCUCUUCAUCAUGCUUGGCAACGACCGAGCCAACCGGUUCUGGGCGGCGCGGCUGCCGGCGGCCGAGGCCCUGGGCCGCGACGCCAGCCCCGAGCAGCGCCGCGACUUCAUCGCCCGCAAGUACCGCCAGGGGCGCUACCGCCUGCCCCACCCGCACCACCGCUCCCAGCAGGAGCUGCUCCAGGCGCUGUGCACCGCGGUGGCAGGACCAGCCCUGCUCAAGACCAUGCUCCAGUUCUUCUCCUCCUCAGAGGCUGGGCUGGCAGCUGACCCCACUGCCUGUGAGGUGCCCCCAGGGGCUGAGCUUUGGUGGGCACCGGAGAGCAAAAGGCCCAGAAACAAUUCAGGGAGCCCCCACUCGAGUGCCCUGGGUCCUGAGGGCGUCUACAACGAGAUCACGCAGCCGGUGACGCUCAGUGGCUACCUCUACCGAGCCCCUGCCCCUCCUAAGCCCCCAGGUGCCAAGAAGAACAAAGAAGACUUCCAGCGCACUUGGUGCUCCCUGGAGCGAUCCCUGCUCUUCUUUGAGACAGAGAAGUGCAGCGAGCCCCUGGGCCACAUCCAGAGUGGGGACCUCCUCUCACUGGCUGUCAGCAGAGCCCAGGCCACCACCAGCCCUGGCCCCCUUGAAAGGUUUCCUUUCACCCUGGAGCUCUUCCUCAGCGGGGAGAAGGUGCAGCAGCUGGGCACUGACAGCCCUGAGACGCUGCAAGCCUGGGCCACUGCCAUCGGCAAGUGGUUCAGCCCCGUCAGCUGUCACUGCCUGCUGGGCUACGAGUUCCAGCGGGUGGGCCAGCUGCGGUACAAGUGCAUGCUGGACCCCGAGAGGUGGCAGAGAGCCUUCUUCAUCCUGCAGAAAGCUCACCUCUUCAUCUGCCCCACCCAGCAGGACGGGGCUGAGGACAGCAUCAACCUCCGGCGCCUGCAGGAGCUCAGUCUGGUGCCUCCCGCGGAGACUCCAGAGAAGAAGGAGCUGCUGAUCCUGGUGGAGAUGGGGAGGACGUUCUACCUGCAGGGGCUGUCGCGGGCGGACUCCGCCGCCUGGUACGGCGACAUCCAAGCCUCGGCUGGCGGCAGGGGCAACGCCCUGCGGGACCAGCAGCUGAGCCGCGCCGACAUCCCCAUCAUCGUGGACAGCUGCAUCGCCUUCAUCACCCAGUACGGGCUGCGGCACGAAGGCAUCUACCGCAAGAACGGCGCCAAGUCGCGGAUCAAGCUGCUGAUGGAGGAGUUCCGCCGGGAUGCUCGCAACGUCAAGCUCCGCAUCAGCGACAACUUCAUCGAGGACGUCACCGACGUGCUCAAGAGGUUCUUUCGGGAGCUGGAGGAUCCUGUCUUCACCCUGGAGCUGCACCCGCACUGGAAAGAGGCUGCAGAGCUCUCCUCGAAGCCGCAGCGCCUGGAGCGCUACAAGGAGCUCAUCCAGCGCCUGCCUCGCCUCAACCGCAGGACUCUGGCAGCCCUCAUCGAGCACCUCUACAGGGUGCAGAAAUGUGCAGACCUCAACCAGAUGAGCACCAAGAACCUGUCGCUGCUCUUUGCACCCAGCCUCUUCCAGACCGACGGCAAGGGGGAGCACGAGGUGAAGGUGAUGGAGGACCUCAUCGACAACUACGUCAGCAUCUUCAACAUCGAUGAGGAUCAGGUGUCCCAGAUGGAGCUGGAGAACAGUCUGAUCACCACCUGGAAGGACACUCAGCUCUCCCAGGCAGGAGACCUCAUCAUUGAGGUUUACCUGGAGCAGAAGCUGCCCGACUGCUGCAUCACCCUGAAGGUGUCCCCCAGCAUGACAGCAGAGGAGCUCACCAACCAGGUGCUGGAGAUGCGCAACGUGGCAGCCAGCCUGGACAUCUGGCUGACCUUUGAGGCCCUGGAGCAUGGGGAGCUGGAGAGGCCUCUGCACCCCAAGGAGAAGGUGCUGGAGCAAGCCCUGCAGUGGUGCAAGCUCCCUGAGCCCAGCUCUGCCUACCUGCUGGUGAGGAAGGUGCCCCUGGGUGAGGGCAGCUGCCUCUUCACGGGUGCCAAGAGGGAGAGCCCCAAGUGUGGGCUGCUGCGGUGCCGGGAGGAGCCCCCCAGGCUGCUGGGCAGCAAGUUCCAGGAGCGCUACUUCGUCAUCAGGGACAGGAGGCUGCUGCUGCUCAAGGAGAAGAGGAGUGCCAGGCCGGAGCGCGAGUGGCCCCUGGGUGCUGCCAAGCUCUACAUGGGCAUCAAGAGGAAGCUGAAGCCACCAGCCCAGUGGGGAUUCACCCUGAGCCUGGACAAGCAGCAGCUGUACUUGGUGUGCUCGGGGCAGGCCGAGCUGUGGGACUGGACCACCAGCAUCCUCAAGGCUCAGCACGAUGACCUGCGUCCCGUGGUCCUGCGCCGCCGCUCCUCCUCCGACCUGGCCAAGCAGAGGUUUGGCACCAUGCCCCUGGUGCCCCUGCACGGGGACAGCACCGAUGCCACCAUGCUCUCUGCCAACCAGACCCUGCGGCGGCUCCACACGCGGAGGACUUUGUCCAUGUUCUUUCCCAUGAAGAUGCACCAGGACUCCCUGGAGGAGCAGCAGGAGAAGGAGCUGGACACGGACCCUGUCUACGAGGAGGUUGGCAACUUCCCGGAGCUGGCAGAGCUGGAGCUGGGGCAGGAGCUGCUGGCAGAGCUGUCAGCAGCUGUGCCCACCGUGGGCGAGUCCCAGCAGCUGAGCCCGUUCGCUGAGCAGCCCCCGGGCACGGCGCUGCGCUGCUCCCUGCCCGCCAGCCCUGCCCAGAGGGCGCCAGCUCCCUCCGUCACCAAAGCCUUGUCCCUGGAGAGGGGCUUGAACCUGGAGAGCAACAAAGCUCCCUGCCAGGGCCUCAGAGCCACCAAAACGGCCUCUCUGGAGAGGGGCAUGGAGCCUGCCCUGGUGCUGGACUGGCAGGAGGCAGCCGCGCCAAGGGCCAGUGCCAGCCUGGAGACCUCCCUGGAGAUGCCCGGGAGCAGGAGCCUGCAGCCUUCCUCUCCCGCCAGCAACAAACUCAUCCAGGAGCUCAGCAGCGUCAUCCUGAGGAAAGCCGAGGGGCAGCCGCCCGUGACGUGACCUCCUGUGCCCGCAGGGCAGCCACCAACCCGGAGGGCAGGUCGUGCCCGCUGGCAGCGACGAUGGCUACCGCAGGCGCCCGCCCGCCCCAUGGAGCCCUCACUCUCCUCCUCCUCCUCCUCCUCCUCCUCCUGGCCCUGGGCUGGGGGCAGGGACCAGUGAGGACCAGGGGACAGGUGGGGAGCAGGCUGCUGGGCUGAGGUCCCCCCCUUAUCUCGGAGGACUGGUGGGUGGCACAGCUGUGGCAGGGCCCUGUGCCAAGGGCAGCAAGUAAAAGGGACCCUGAAAGCAGAA